AUGGGAUCUAACUGUUCACAUUGUGGAUAAUGCUAAAAAGACAAUAAAGAUCUAUUAUAUGAAGUUAAUAUUACAAAAAAAACAGAAAGUAAUAAAAAUGGAAUGUCAAUUCUGUCCUAACCAUCUCAAGCCUCUAAUCAUACCGUUAAAACUCAAUCAAAGAUGAAUCAGGUUAAGGAUAACAAGGAAUAAAUGAAGCAAAAGCAAUUAGAGGUUUUGCGAUCCUAGAAAGCAAUCAUAAUUUAAAAAUAAUGGAGAGGACAUAAAGCAAGAUUAACUUACAAAAAUUUGAACCAAGGGAGGAAAGAGGUUGCAAAAUCUGAUGAUCAAGCUACUAGUUAAAGCAAAUUGAAGAGAAAUACGUUCAAAUAUUUCAAUUCAGAAGAAUAUGCAGAUGUGAAUCCAAACAAUACUUUUAGAGAAAAAAGACCUAAAUAUUAAUUUAAGAGUGGCACUUCCUAUGAAGGAGAAUGGAUAGGCGAUAAACGCGAUGGAUAAGGAACUCAAAUUUGGCCGGAUGGAGCAAGAUAUGAAGGACAAUGGUCAAAUAAUAAGGCCUGUGGGAAAGGAACGUUUUAUCAUAUUGAUGGAGACUCGUAUUCAGGAUAAUGGGAGAAUGAUAAGGCUAAUGGCUAUGGGGUCUAUAGAUAAGCAAAUGGAGCCGUCUAUGAAGGUUAUUGGUAAAAUGAUUUUUAGCAUGGGAAAGGCCAUGAAGAAUGGAUUGAUAAUUCCAGUUAUAAAGGAGAGUAUUUUCAAGGAAAGAAACAAGGUUAGGGCUUGUACAUUUGGCCAGAUGGAAGUCUUUUUGAAGGAACUUGGUUUGAUAAUAAAAUAAAUGGAUAUGGAGAGUAUAGUUGGGCUGAUGGAAGAAAGUACUAAGGGAAUUGGAGAUAUAACAAAAUGCACGGCUAUGGAGUCUAUUAAUGGGCUGAUGGACGAGCAUAUCAUGGUGAAUACUAGGAUGAUAAAAAGCAUGGGAAGGGUAAAUAUUUUUGGCCAGAUGGGAGGGUAUUUGAGGGUGAAUGGAAUUAAGGUAAAUAACAUGGAAGGGGCAAAUAUGUAUUGGCAGAUGGAUAAAUAAGAUUUGGUUUAUGGGAAGAUGGAAAAAGAAUCAGAUGGGAGCAAUGA